AUGGACCGGGCUAGCCUAUAUUUCAUGAGCAAGGAUGAUAAGAACACCUUCGACUUCGACGAGACUUUACCCUCGCUUCCGCUGCCGGAGCUUAGGGACACCAUGGAGCGCUACUACAGCUGCAUCCAGUCAUUCGGCUCCAAGGAGGAGUUGGCCCAGGCCCGCAAGACUAUUGAUGAGUUCCAGAACGGAGUGGGAGCCCAGCUACACGAACAGCUCAAGAAGCGGGCGGCCGGCAUGAGGAACUGGCUGGGCACCUGGUGGGAGGACUAUGGAUAUCAUCUGAUUCGAAUGCCGCUGCUGCCCUACCAGCUCAUGGUCAUGCCCUCGCAAUUGGAGAUGGUGGGCGUGCCAGAGACACCGGAGUACAUGCUGAAAAGUCUGGCGCGCCACAUUCACCACUCGCUGGAGUUUUGGGAUCUGACUAGAAAGUCCAGCAUCAAACCGCUCUCCUCGAACGGCGGCAAAAUAAAGUACUCCUCCGCGCUGUACAAGCACUUCUUCUCCACGUGCCGCGUGCCAGGCGAGGAGCAGGAUCAUAUAGAGAAGCAUUUUCUCACCAAGGAUGAGGGCAAAACGCCGAGUCACAUGCUUAUUUCCGGCAAGGGACGCCAGUUCAUCUUCGAUUGUGUGCACGAGGACGACACUAUCCUCUCGGCUCCCGAAAUCCUUGUGGCCCUGCAAAGAGUGCGCAGCAUCCUCGACUACGAGCCGUUGGGCGAUUGUGUGCCCACCCUGAGUCAUGACGAACGCUCCACGUGGGCACGCAACCGCAACCGGUUGAGGGAAAUCUCAGUCGCAAACAAGGAGACGCUGCUUCUGGUGGAGAGCGCAUGCAUGGAGAUUUGCUGGUACGAGCAAUCUCCAAAGGACUACGAGGAGUCCUGCCAGCUGGGUCUCUACGGUGAUCUCCAUUCCCGCUGGGCAGACCGCAGCAGCAGCAUCAUCGCCUUCCGCAACGGACGCUGCAACUGGACGGGUGAGCACAGCUGCUACGAUGGCACGGUCAGCAUAAGUUACGCCACCUUCAUGCAACUGAGCUUCCUGGAGGUGCCAGAGCCAGACUGGGCAGAGGCCGAAAAAGGCAAUGUUUUGGAGGUCAAGGAACUGCACUUCCAGCUGGAUGAUUCGCUCAAAAGCGAGAUCAAGCGCGUGCAGAAGGAUAUUGAUGAUAGGGGUAUUGACGUUACUGUGACCUUCACUGCGUUCGAUGACUAUGGCAAGGACUUUAUGAAAACCCAUCGACUGCAUCCAGACUCCUUUGUUCAGGUGGUGAUGCAGUGGGCCUACUACCAAAUGCAUAAAGAAAUUGCUCCCACAUAUGAGACCGCUCUGAUGCGACAGUACUACAAUGGACGAACAGAGACCCUGCGAUCCUGCACUGCCGCUGUGGCGGAUUUCCUGAGGGCGUCCUCCAACAAGCAGGUUGGCGAUAUGUCACUGGCCAGGGCGUUCCGUAGGGCAGUCGAUGAGCACAAGCACUUCAUGAACGAGGCGCGCAAGGGACACGGCAUCGAUAGGCACUUGUUUGGCCUGUGGUGCGCGGCGUAUGAAAGCAAAAUGGACAUUCCCGCCUUCUACGACGAUCCGAUGUACACCAAAAGUGGCGGAGGAGGCAACUUUGUGCUCUCGUCCAGCACGCUGGGCUUCACAGCCAACGUUGGUUUCGUGGCGCCCAUGGUCUUCGAUGGCUACGGCGUCUUCUACUCCAUCACCUCUGAAGCUGUGUUCAUUAAUACCACCGCCUAUCGGGAUAGCAUGAAGACAAGCGCUCGCAAGUUCAACGACAUUUUCAAGGACUCAUUCCGCCGCAUCAGCGUUCUCCUGGAACAGUUGGCCAAGGAAUCCAAGCUAUGAAAAGCUCAUCUAGUAUUAAGAAAAGAUCUAAUCUUACUUUAUGUCGUCAUCGAAAUUCAGUUCUCGUGUUUAGUUCCGAUCAGAAAGUAGAUUUUUGGAUUCCUUUCCUUUUUGUUUUAAUUAGCACAAUUACCUAGAUUUUAACGAACAGUAAAAUUUAAAUAUAUUUUGUUUGAAAUUGGAUCCCUAGUCCAACCCACCUUUGAUCGGAAACUAAGUGAAAACGCGGACUUUGUAGGUAGUUUGUAAGUUAGUGUGUGCAGCAUUUGUAACUUCGUGUUAAACGUUUAUUUAAAUUCAAUGAUCGAUUAGUUUAUGCAAAUACAUUUCUCUCGGUAAUUCUUCUGUUUCAACUAAAAUGCGCUAAAUAAGCUAAGCGCCCAGCCGCUUCAAUACAUUAGCCGGCCCUAGAUACUACGUACAAAUUAAUUGGAGCUUGCGCCGAAUUACAAUAUAUAUAUACUCGUCUAUAUA